GACAACGUCAACAGAUCUCUUUCCUGAUAAAACUCAUUGGGGGGUUCAUGUUUCCUAUUCUAUGAACAUUGUGUGUCGUUGUUGGCUUUUUUUUUUCGUCUUUUACUUUAGGAAAGUAUAAGUUACUCUUAUACCAUACUCUACUUCUUUUUUAAAAAGAUAAUAGACAAGAGGGCAGGUACAAUGCCUCGUGCCUCGACGACCGCCAUGACGACGCGACGAACCAGUCUGCGAUCCACCAGGCCAGGACAACAACCGGGCAUUCAGACCUUCGCAAGAGCAACCAAGCCCGGAACCAGGACGUCGAUAGGCCCUGCCGACGAGAAGAAGAAGUCUCAGUUUCAGCAGACACAGACACCGCUGCUUCCGUCGUCUCCGUCGAAGAAGCGCAAAUUGAACGAGAUCGGGCAGGUGGAAUGUGUGUCUGAAGAGAAGAAGGAGGAGGAGGGGGUCGCGAGGGACGUGACGGCCACGCCGUCGAAGACGUUGCGGUUUAGUGAAUUGGCUCUUUCGACGCCUAGGAGGACAAAGUCGGCUCCUCCACGGCCUCUUAGGAGGAGGACGGAAGCCUCGCGGGAGGAGUCGCCGUCACGGACCCCUAGUGUUGAGGAGGAGGAAGAGUCUUCGUCGUCGUCGGCGGUAGAGGAGGCUGACUCGAGGCCUACGUCGCCUGAGGAGGAAGAGUCGCUUGUUAAGGAGCAAACGUCGCCAAUUGCUCGACCGGCGUGCUUUGACGAUCUGUUGAAUCUGCACUCGUGCUUCCUGUCCGCUUUAUCACUACAUUAUGCACAUAACGGCGCGUCCACACCGGCUGAUUUGAAAGAGUUUUUGCCCAGCGUGCAGAAGAUCUGGAAGAAGCGCAAAGUCGUCACAAAGGACUUGCAGCGGUUAGUUCAGAUCUGGGACGAGGAGGGUCCUUCGUCUGCAGGCGUACGGUUUCGCAUCGCCAACUACGGUCUGGGGAAAGUGUGUCUGGAAAUUGUGGCUGCGACGGGACAAACCACGCGGCCGCUGGAUGAGAAUGAACUGCAAUGGCAGUUCGAGCGCAGGCUGGACUGGGUGUGGAAGAGAUUGGUGGACUCGGUGCCGGAUCUGAAAGGGAAGGAUCAGGUGGAACUGUUGGACUUGUUGGAUCUGGCUCCUAUUCAUGAGUCGCUUACCGCGUUCACGUCCUUCCGCAAGGGACAGCAGCGGUUACAGGAUCUUAGGGGAGGUGUUAUCCGCGUGAAGACGGCCAUGAUGAAAGCAAAGAUGCAGGUUGAUGACUCGACGCCCAAACCACCUGUCGUGGCCGCGACGGCCCGUCGAAAGGGGCUUCUGGAUCGGAUCAAGAACAAAGAGCUCAGGCAGUCGAAGCUGCCGCCGCCUCCUUCGAAGGAGAUGCUUCUCCGGCGGUCUGCGGCUGAACGUGUCGAGGAGGUGGCCAGAGUCCUGAUGGUCCUUAGACCGAGUGGUGUUGUGGGCACGGGACCCUGGGCUAUUGCUGCGUCUCAGAGGAAGCCGUAUAGCUUAGGUGCCGUGGUGCGGAAUGUGCAGGAUUCAGUCCGCAGUCCGAUCUCGGACAAGGAGGUAGAGAUCUGUUUGGAUAUUUUGACUCGAAAGGAUAUUGCCGGAGACUGGGUGAAACUGGUCACCGUUAAUGAUCUGCGAUCCGUGGUGCUGGGAUCCGGUCGAGGGAUCUCGCCUUCAGAUAUCGGUACGAAAGUCAGUGCUCUGAAGAUUGGGUGGGAGGAUCCCACCCUGUACUGAGUAUUUUUCUUCUCUUAUUAUUUCGUACUCGACGGAUACCAGAGCGAAGGCGUACGGUUUUUGCAUUGUUUACGGAGUUUUGGAUGCAUUUGGAAAGCAAUGAGAUAGAUGGGACGCUACGUUCUCUACGGCCUCAUUCUGUAUUUCUUGUAUGUGUUACAGUGCAAGUGGCCUGUGUCUGCCGCAUUAGAUAGCAUACUAUGAAUCAUUAUAAUAACACUAAUUAGCCAG